UGAACCGGAACUAGCUUCAUUGUUUUCCGCAAUUCCGCAAACAGUUGUGUAGCUGCUGGCCGCCUACCCGCAACUUCUUCGCGAUGUCUGUUAAGUUAAGCGCUUUGACUAGUGAUUCUUACAUCGAUAUAAGUCAGUAUAGAGACCAGCAUUUUAAGGGAAACCGUUAUGAACAGGAGAAGCUGCUGAAGCAGAGCCACACUUUGUAUGUUGGCAAUCUCUCCUUCUACACCACCGAGGAGCAGGUCCACGAGCUGUUUUCUAAAAGCGGAGAUGUCAAGCGCAUCAUCAUUGGGCUGGAUAAAGUCAAGAAGACAGCCUGCGGAUUCUGCUUCGUAGAAUACUACACGCGUGUCGGUGCGGAAAACGCCAUGCGCUUCAUUAAUGGCACGCGGCUGGACGACCGUAUCAUCAGGACAGACUGGGACGCCGGCUUCAAGGAGGGACGGCAGUAUGGCCGCGGCAAAUCUGGAGGACAGGUGAGAGAUGAGUACAGGCAGGACUACGACCCUGCCCGAGGGGGCUACGGUAAGCUGGCUUCACAGCACCGACCCACAGAGGCGCGUAAUACAUUUUAGAUCGGGCCCGCCACAGCAGUCUGCCUGGACUACACAGAGCCCCGCCGUCGGUCCUGGAUCACUUUCAUUUUCCAACAAUGCCACAACAUGCUACUGCAGAUUGUUUGUCCCAGUGUUAUCAUGAAACUCUACAGCAGGUCUUCUUAGACCACUGGACCCCAGAGAUAAGCAAGCUGGUAUUUAUUUCUUUUUAAAGGGUUGUCUUCUUCCACACCUUCUAUCAGUCUACAUGGUUGCACAGGCCAAAAUUACAGUGUAGUAUUCAGUGAAUUCAUUGCAUAGCGUUUUGAUGUACAACAAAGUUCCCUACAGGCUUGAAAGGCUCUGAUUGCAUGUAGUGACUUGGUCGACGACGUGUCAAAUAUCAAGAUAAAAUGAUCGUACAGAGUCUCCACGUCAGGUCAAGGUAACGGUCUGAUGAACUGAUGGAGAGGAAGAUUUCUGUUAUCAUCUUACUGAUUUUCAUGAAUGAAACUUUGUGUCCCAAAUUGUUUAUGCAUUUUUUAAAUAAAGAUUUGUUUCAACUUU